AGACAGCUAAUUUCCAUUCAAUUCGACGAAUUUUCUUUCACGGAGCAUCUCUUUUUCCUUUUCAUUUCGCCUUACAAUCUCCCUCUCCCUCCCUCUCUCUCUCCUCCCCUCUCGAUCUCGAUCUCGACAGCCAUUCAUCAACGCCAUAUCUUCAGAUCUAGCAUACGGUGAAGGAGGCUGUGAAUUUCUCAGGCAAAAAAAAAUUGAUCGAGUGAGUUAGCUAAUUCGGCAUCUCUCAGGCAAGGGUGGAAUGAAGAAAGUUUUUGAUCAAACUGUCCGUGACAUUAAGAGAGGGGUCAACAAGAAAGUUCUUAAAGUCCCUUCAAUAGAACAGAAGGUUCUUGAUGCAACUAGCAAUGAGCCCUGGGGUCCCCAUGGAUCCCUUCUUGCUGAUAUUGCUCAGGCAACUAGAAACUAUCACGAGUAUCAGAUGAUCAUAUCAGUAAUAUGGAAGCGUAUAAAUGAUACUGGAAAAAAUUGGCGGCAUGUCUACAAGGCAUUGACUGUCUUGGAGUACUUGAUAGCCCAUGGUUCCGAGCGUGUCAUAGAUGAUAUCAAAGAACAUGCAUACCAAAUAUCAACUUUGUCCGAUUUCCAAUACAUUGAUUCCAGUGGAAGAGACCAGGGUAACAAUGUUAGAAAGAAAUCUCAGAGCAUAGUAGUUCUUGUAAAUGAUAAGGAAAGAAUACAAGAGGUUCGUCAGAAGGCUGCUGCUAAUAGGGACAAAUUCCGCAGUACUCCUACUGGUGGUAUGUAUCAUCCUGGCUCCGGAGGGUAUGGAGACAGAUAUGAUGAUGAUCGAUAUGGAAACCGAGAUGAUGAUAGGAAUGGCUAUGGGAGAGAUAGAGAAUGGGGUUCUAGAGAUGAGGAUAGAUAUGGUCGGUAUGGAGAAUCAUAUGGCCGUGAUGGAGACAGGUAUGGUAGAGAUAAUGAGGAGCGAUUUGGCCGAGAUGGAUACAAGGAUGAUGAGUACCGAGGAAGAAGUCAAGGCAAUGAUGACUAUAAUUAUGGAUCAAGAAGUAGAAGUGCUGAUCGAGAGAGAAAUCCUGCAAAUGAGGAUGAUGGCCAAUAUUCUUCCAGAGGAAGUGGUGCAAGAGCUGAUGAGCAAUCUCAAGAUGGAAGUACUGCUGGGAAGAAGCUUGAAAACAGAUAUUCUGGGCAAAGUGCUGAUGCACCUCCUAGUUAUGAGGAUGCUGUUGGUGGCACCCACAGUCCUUCAUACAAUGAAAGUAGGGAUGGAGAAUCGUCACAAGCAUACGCCCCUAAAGUAUCCUCAAAAGACGCUAGCCCAAGCCAUACAACCGCAGCUGCUCCACACCCUAUUCCUGCUUCACCUCCUGCUUCAGCAUCCCCUCCUACUUCAGUGCAGACUACAGCUCAGCAUAGCAACCGGGAAGUUGAUGGAUUUGAUGAAUUUGAUCCUAGAGGUUCAUUUUCAGCUGCCCCUGCCACAUCUAAUGGUAUUACUCCUGCUACAUCUGCUGUGGAAAUGGAUUUGUUGGGUUCUCUCUCUGAGCCUUUUUCUUCAAAUCCACUGGCUCUCGUGCCUGUUGGGCAGCCUGAUGCUGCAUCUGAAGCUAAUCCAAAUGCAGGCUUUGCCUCUGGACCCACAUUUGAAGGUGGGCCACCACCAGCAGCGACUAACAAUCAGCCUUUCGAUGAUCCAUUUGGUGAUGGUCCUUUCAGAGCUAUUACUUCUACAGAUGGUGCACCAACUGAACAACAGAUCAAUGCAUCCUCUAAUUCCUUCACUGCAAAUUCCAAUCAGGGCCUCGAUGUGCCUCAGUCAGUUCCUCAGAAAGCAGCAACUGAAGCUGGGGGCACUUUUUAUGAUGCAACAAACAUGCCAUCUGGCCCUUUUGGAAUGCCACCCACUACAAGCACACCAUUUCCACAACAGGAGUCAUCAACUCCUAACCACGAUAUUGAUAUAUUAGCAGAUAUUCUACCUCCCUCCGCCCCCCAAUCUUUUGUUAAUACACAAACUGGUUACCAAGCUGCACCAAACCAAUCUGUGCCUCACAGUGGCUUUCCACCUCAAACCAAUCAACCCACAAUGCAGCCAUCUCUUAGUGGUCAGUAUGCACCCCAAAAUGGUUUUCAAGCACAACCUGGCCAACCUGCUGGUUUUCCUACUCAACUUGGACAGCCUUCAUUGCAAGCGAACUAUCCUCCUCAACCAUCACACUCUGUUCCACAAGCAGGCUUUCCUUCUCAAACUAUGGCUUUAGCCCUCCAUGGUCAAGCUGGUCAGGCACCACUUUCAGGUUUUCCUUCUCAAGGUGGUUCUAUGCAGCCAAAUCAGCAAAACUCGAACUUCUAUGGAGUUUACCAACAUCAAUCAGUGGCUGCAGUUCCAGCUGGUGGGUACAUGGUUCCUCCUACUUCCACAGGAGUUUCUACAAAUCAAAAUUUCCUUUCACAUAUGGGUUCUCAAGCUCCGCAAGUACAAUCAAGUAGUCUCGUAGUUCCAGUGUCAGUUACUCAAGCUUCAACAGGUUCUGCUGUAGCUCCUAAACCGUCCUCGGACAAGUUCGAGACUAAGUCCACUGUUUGGGCCGACACUCUGAGCCGUGGAUUGGUCAAUCUCAAUAUUUCUGGAUCAAAAACAAAUCCAUUGGCUGAUAUUGGAGUUGAUUUUGAUGCCAUAAAUCGCAAGGAGAAAAGGAUGGAAAAACAACCAGCAACAACUACUGUAGUAUCUACAGUUACCAUGGGCAAAGCAAUGGGCUCUGGAUCUGGUGUUGGACGUGCUGGUGUAGGUGCUCUGAGGCCUCAGCCAAACCCAAUGAUGAGUUCUGGUAUGAAUUAUGGCAUAGCUGGUGGUCCUGGUGGGGGCAUGGGGAUGGGCAUGGGGAUGGGCAUGGGCAUGGGCAUGGCGAUGGGUGGCUACGGGGGAAGCCAACCAAUUGGAAGAGGGAUGGGGAUGGGACCUGGUAUGGGUAUGAAUAUGCCAGGAACUAUGGGUAUGGGAAUGAACAUGGGUAUGGGCCCGGGAAUGAACACGCAACAGCCUAUGGGACAUCCUCCAGGAAGUACCAUACCUGGCGGCUACAAUCCUACAAUGGGAGCUGGAAAUUACAGUCAACAACCAUAUGGUGGUUACCGAUGAGCUUAGCAACUACAGAGCACUGUGGUAAGCUGAUAUUGCUGGUUUAUUUUUUUAGAGAAAACGAGUCCCCCCACCCAUAAACGUGGAUUUACGAUCAAAUAUUGCAACCAACAAGUUUCUCUUCACUUGUAUUUUUUAUGUUGGCUGUGUGUAACGUGUGUGUAUUCAUUCUUUUUGGGGUUUUGUUUUCUAUAUGAUAUAUUUUUGGGUCACAAAGAGCUAUUGUACGUGCCCCAUAGUUCUAUAGCUGUUGCUGCGUGAUCUUGUAUAUUAUCAGUAUCUAGGUUUACCUCUCUCAGGUGGCUAAUUUUUUUGUUGUGAUGUUCCUAUGCACCAUUUUGACAGUGCAGUUGAAAGGUGAUUGCUUACCAUGAAUAAAUUCGACAUUCGUUUUUCA